AUGGGAACUUGUGUUUAACAUGGACAAUAACAUUAAUUGGAAUUCAACACCAUGGACUAAAUUAGACUCUAUGAAAAUAGACACAUCUACAUGGAUCCCCAACAAGAAUUGGAAUGGCAAAGACAAAACAAUGGAGAGGAAAGUAUGCUCAAAAGAUAAUUAGAGGCUGAAGAACAAUAAAGGCAAUAGGUCUUAGAAAACCAGAAAAUACAUCAGUAAAUGUUAAACUUAUAUGAUCCUUAAAAUCAGUCAUCUAACUUAAAUCUCGAUGUAGAGUAAAGAUCACUAAACUUUCAACCAGCUGAUAAGAACUAACUAGCAAGUCCUCCUCUUUUUGAAAUUGAGAAGAAAUAAGAAAGGUCUUUUACAUAAGGACAAUCCUAAAAGGAAAAAAAUAAAAGUCCAACUAAAUAGUAAGAAUCAAAUAAGCAAUUGGUUGAUUAUUUAUCCAAAGGGGAAAAAGAUGUUCUAUUUCAGCCUCUCCCUUCCCCAUUAAAUUUGUAAGGAAACGGUGAAUUAGUAUAUGAAGCAUUUGAUAGUGCAGAAAUCACACCAUUAGCAACUCCAAAACAAGAUGUUGAAUCUGAAUGCGAAGAAUUAGAAGAAGAACCAUUAGAAUUAGAAUAAGAAAUAGUAGAAUAAAAGGAGGAUCCAAACUUAAUAUAACAAUCUCCGAAAACAGAAUAACCAAAAUCAUAGGUAGUGCUUGAUAAUCCACUCUUUUAAUAACAUCAAGAAGAUACGAUCUCUUUGGUAGAUGAUAAUCCUGAAGAAGUACAACAAGCACCUCCCCCUCCUUAGGAACGAUAAAUCAUCCUUCAAUCUUCAAGAGGAGAGUAAAUGAUCAUGUCCUUUGCACCCAAUUAAUAAUAAUAAUUCAUCAAGUCCUAAUAAUAAAAUGUACCUGAGAAUGAAGUAGAAGUUCUAAAUCAUAAACCAAGUUUAGAAAAGGCAGUGCCAUCAAAUACAGAUGUUUUAAAGAUUGAAAAUGAACAUGUAGUUGCAUUAUCAGCCUAAUUGGAGCCUAUAAACAUAAAUGUUGAUAUGAAUAAUUGUGAAAUGUUAGGACCAUAUAUCAUUCUUGAUACUGGAGAUGUUUAUGUAGGUACAUGGUAAAUGGGUAAAAGGCAUGGAUUUGGAAAACAAAUAUUUUCUAAUGGAGCUUUUUAUGAAGGAUAAUGGCUUAACGAUUUUCUCCAAGGAUAUGGUAGAUACAUAUUUUAGAAUGGUGAUUACUAUGCAGGGGAAUUUGUUCAUGGAGAAAGAGAAGGAGUUGGAGUUUUGGUAUAUUAGGAUGGCUCAUCAUAUGAAGGUAAAUGGCUUAAGAAUUAAAAGAGUGGCGAAGGGAGAGAAUAAACAGGGGAUGGGAAUGUAUAUGUAGGAGGAUUCAAAACAGGUAAAAAGGAUGGAAAGGGUAGAUUGGAAUAUGUGGAUGGGAGUAUUUUUGAAGGGAUGUUCAAAGAAGGACAGAUUUGUGGAAAAGGAACUUAAACUUGGCCUGAUGGAAGAAGAUACGAAGGUGAAUGGAAGGAUGGGAAAAUGCAUGGCUAAGGAGAGUUUAUAUGGGGGGAAGGAAAAUCUUAUAAAGGGGAAUAUGUCAACAAUGUAAGAUAAGGGUAUGGAGAGUACAGUUGGCCAGAUGGUAGAACAUACAAAGGAGGAUGGAAGAAUGGGAUUAUGCAUGGUAAAGGUUUGAUGAUUUGGCCUGAUCAGAGAUUACAGAAAGGGAUUUGGAUCAAUGGAUAGAAGUAAUUCACCAAAGAAGAGUUGGCUCAGUUAUAAAAAGUCAAAAAAUCUAGUACUGCUGAUACUUCUGUUAAUAAGACUAAGGAUUCUGGAGCAGAAACUAAAGAAAAGAAGCCGAAGAAAUCAAAAUCUAAGUCUAAAUCUAAAGAGAAGAAGAGCAAAUCGAAAUCUAAAAAAUGA